AGUCACGAUCCGCGAGCGUAAGCACUUCGGGAACGGGUUUCUAGUUUGCGUUACGGAACGGUACGGAUACGCACGAUGGUCAUCAACUUUGGGGCAGGUCCGGCCAAGCUGCCACGCGAGGUGUUGCUGGAGGUGCAGAAAGAAGUGGUGGAGUACGGUACGAGCGGUAUGAGCGUCAUGGAGAUGUCUCACCGUGGUUCUACCUACGUCGCGCUGCACGAGGAAACGUUGGCCUUGGUCAAGGAGUUAAUCGACGUUCCGGAUAACUACAAGAUACUGCUGAUGCAGGGCGGAGGCACCGGACUGUUUGCGGCGGUGGCAAUGAAUCUUAUGGGCCGCACGGGAAAAGCGGACUACCUCGUGACCGGUAGCUGGUCGUCGAUGGCGGCCAAAGAGGCGGCUCGCUACGGUAAAGUGAACUGGGUCGUAUCGAAGCAGGAAAAGUAUUCAACCGUCCCGGAUCCGAAGCAGUGGAAGCUUGACCCGGACGCGUCGUACGUCUACUACUGUGAUAAUGAGACGAUUGGUGGCAUUGAGUUCGACGUGGUGCCGGAAACCGGAAGCGUGCCGCUGGUGGUGGACAUGUCAUCGAAUAUGCUUUCUCGUCCGAUCGAUGUCAAAAAGUUCGGAGUGAUAUUUGCCUGCGCGCAGAAGAACAUUGGCCCGUCGGGUAUUACGGUGGUGAUUGUGCGAGAGGAUCUCAUCAGUCACGCUAUGCCCAUCACGCCGACCAUCUUCGACUUUGGCGUCAUCGCGAAGGCGAACUCAAUUAGCAACACACCGCCCACGUUUAUAAUCUACGUGAUGGGGCGCGUAUUUGCCUGGAUCAAGCGGUACGGUGGUGUCGAGGAGAUGCAUCGGAAGUCGCUCACGAAAUCGCAGCUCGUGUACGAUGUGAUAGCGAAAUCGAACGGGUUUUACUACUGUCCGGUUGAGGCACGCGUACGGAGUCGGAUGAAUGUGCCCUUCCGCAUCGGAGGUGCCGGUGGUGACGAAGAACUAGAGAAACUUUUCCUAAAAGGCGCCGAAGCGCUCGGUAUGCAGCAACUGAAAGGUCACCGAUCGGUGGGAGGAAUCCGGGCAUCGCUCUACAACGCCGUUACCGUCGAGGAGGCCACAGCGCUAAAACAGUACAUGCAGGAGUUCCUGAAGAAGCAUUCCAAGUGACGAUCGUUACCACGGUAUGGUCGGAAGGUGGCAAAUUUAUUAGCACCCACUCAUCAACAAGCUAUUAAACAACAUUUUCCUGCUUAAAUAUAUCGUCCAGAAUGCGUUCCAACGGUUCAUUGGUGCCCUUUAG